AAGCAUCUAUCUAACUGUCAGAGAACGUAUGCUAACGCCUUUCGUGCAAUGCACACUGACAAGAUUGUUUUAGCUUUGUCAAAUUGUCCGAUUACCACCUGAAGUUCGCGAUUGAAAAGUUCUCGAUAGUCGGUAUUUGACUUGGCCUCAGUUUUGCAGCCAGUGAGCGAAAAAUCAAAAUCGGCCUACGCAAUGAGUGAUAUCGAGGCAAAAUUCUUCGUGCGGUCGUUCUUACGCUUCCUGAACGGGCAGCUGGAGCAGCCAAAUUUUAGUUCCGAUUCCCGGGAGAGCUUAGAGGUGGCCAUACAAUGUCUGGAGAAUGUUUACGAGAUCGGACAGGAAGCGGAAGGCGACAACGUUCAGGAAAACCCGCUGAACCACAUCGACCUGUUCGAGGUGUAUCGGGGUGCGUUCACGAAUGUCUCACCGGAACGGAAACAGGAAGCAGAAAAUCUCAAAAACGAUGGAAACAGGUUGAUGAAGGAGGAGAAGUACCAAGAAGCACUGAACACGUAUAGCAAAGCCAUCAGCCUAGAUGCUACCAACCCCGUGUUUUACUGCAACCGAGCCGCAGCAUAUAGUCGUUUGGGAAACUACCAAGCCGCUUCGGAUGAUUGUCGCAUGUCCCUGCGGUACGAUCCAAAUUACAGCAAAGCAUACGGUCGCCUUGGUCUGGCCUACUCGAAGAUGAAUAAGCACGAGCAGGCACUGAAUGCUUACCAGAAUGCACUCCGGAUCGAACCGGAAAACCAGGAUUACAAGAACAACAUGAGCGUCACGCAGCAGCGAUUGGAUGAAGCUCGCUCGGCACCGGCUAAUGGUGCUGCCGGUGUCGGAGGAUUGCCAAAUAUGGGACCCGCCGGAAUGGGUGGAAUCGAUUUUGCUGCUGCUCUGAACAAUCCAGCUCUGGUCAACAUGGCCACCAGAAUGAUGAGCGAUCCAUCAAUUCAAAGCAUGCUCGGUCAGCUCAGUGGCAUGAACAAUAUGGAUGCACUUAUGGAAACAGGGCGUCAGUUGGCGGUCCAGAUGAGUAACCAAAAUCCAGAUGUCUUCGCCAAUGUGCUCCGACAGAUGGAACAGACUGGAGUUGCUCCACCCGGCAGUAAUCCUGGUGCCAAUCAGAACGGUGGUGAGGGAAACAACGACCAACAGCAACCACCACCGGCCGAUUCCUAAAUUGAUAUUUGUUCUUUUCGAUAUGAAUAGACGAUUGCAUGGUAAAUAUAGCAGAAAAAACGAGAAGAUGAUAGCUAGAGCUAACCCUCUUCCAAAUAAAACAAAUUCUUUUGCAAUUAGGCACUACAUUUCCUGAGUGUGUUUUAUGUGUUGUAGGAGCCAAUCUACUAGACAUUUAUUGAACAUUGGUACUUUUGAUACAUUCGACUGCACAUCGGUUAAAUUCCGUUUUUGUUUUAUUCUUACAAUAUUUGUUUACCUAGUUUACCACAGCGACAAUACCUUGUUUUAACUUGAACUAGAAAAUAUAAUACAUUUAAUCCAUGAA